CUGUUCCACCAGCAGCUCUUAAUCCCGGAAGCGCUGUACUUCCGCCUCCCGGGCUGCCCACUUGUCGAAGAUGUCCACGCAUCCAGCGCACAGCGGCGUCACGCUCCCACCAACUCCCUCGAAAGGCUCCUGGGGCAGCUGACGUCCCGCGACGGCCACCCCCUGGCCGCAGCGGCACAGUGGUCCCUCGUCCUCCAACGGCGGCUAUUCAGCAGCAGGCUCCUUCAAGCCCGCCAGGCGAUGGAAGAGAGCGUUCAGAAGGGACAUCAUGGUUCGUUCGACUACCUUGAAAAAAGCUGUCCACGUUUAAAAAACGUCUCCGCUCAUGGCCGAAGCACGACGACAGAUCAUCAAAGAGGUCUACGAAACCCUAGGACUGGCUUCGGCAACAUUGCAGAUACUUGGCAGCAGGCCCGCAGGCUCGACCCUGAGAUCACCAGAGACGAGGUCAAAGCCUUUUUGGACACGCUGCGCAUCAGGGAAGAUCGCCCUCAGAGAGGCUACAACUACAACUCUUUCGUACCUCCCGAACCCAUGCAUCAGGUCCAAGCGGACUUGGCCGACAUGUCGGUCAUAGCCGGCAAGGGCCAGGCGCCCAGGUACAUGCUCGUGGCCAUCGACUCCUUCACCAAGAAGACGGCGGCCGUGCCCGUGAAGUCCAAAGACGCCCCCGCCGUGGCCAGGGCCUGGGACGAGGUCCUGCAAAAGUGCCUUGAGCAGAAGCUGGAUUUCUACGACAUCGACAAGCAGAUCACCAGAGGCCACGCCUACUUCGCGGAGCGCGUCAUUCGAACCCUGAAGGAAGGCGUCCUGAGGCGUCUCUCCGCAGGCCUGGGCAGGGCAGGGGUGCAUAUAUACCAAACGGGGAACUUGCCGGAGGUUGAGAAAUGA